AUGCCGUCGCGCUUAAAUGCGCCCGUCCUGUCACUGGACGCGGGCAAAAUGCAUCAAAUCGACCCUUCCAAUGCUUGCAGUUUGAUGGCGAUGUGGUCAAUAUUCUCCAAAUGUUCAGAGACGUUAAAAGACGGUCCACGACUGGAAAACAUGAGUUGGCGAGUGUGGUCGCGAGAAUCCUUAUGUGUCGCUCCCGUGGAGUCCCCUGCCGCCCGGUCGAGCCAAGUACCCUCCCUCUCGAACUCAUUCUCCUCCGAGGACGACGAGAGCCUGAGCGAAGAAGGAUCCCGUCCCAUCCAUUCCAGAUCGAGGCCUUUUGGUCAGGAUGACUGUGCGAGUUCCCUGUCCAGAUCACGACAUCUGACCCCUCACACCCUGGAGAAGAUUGUGGUCACGAUACAAGAAAAAACCGAACUAUGUCCUUUGUCUCCCUCCUUUCAAGCCAGCCUUCCAGCAUUACCCGCCAUCGCCCAACCCAAAAGCCCACCGGCCCCCACCCAACCGGAACUGGAGAACAAACGCCUCCAAGAUUCGACCGACUCGUGUCUCUCCAAUACCACCACGGCGACGUUGAGUACCGCACGCCAGAGCGAACAUCGUGAUUCCGACACCUCAGUCUCUUCGGAUGGCCUCAUUCGAAGUGGCUCCGUUGUCCACGGUUUCUCCCCCGCCACGUCUUCUUUCCGUGGUCGACAUUCCGGUGCCGGAGUUCCACCGGCGCCACCGUCGAAACUAAUUCCCCCGAGCAAAACACGAGGCGUGUUCACCCUGGGUGGCUCAUCGGAAGAUGAUGAAUCAUCUUUCGAACAACGAGUGCUGUCGACCGGACCCGUCCAUCCCAAGAGCUCCCUCUCUCAAAGUCUCAGCAGGCCGAAUUUGACGGCCAAGUUGCCACCGCCACCGAAAAGAACAUCCUUCCGGGAAGUCGUCGCCGAACGAAGGAUCCAAGAAGAUGCCGAGAACGAUGAAGGGGCGAUUGCCAGUAGUGAUGAAGAGGAAGACACCGAUGAAGUGAUGGAGUCUGCCAUCGAUGAAGACGAGGAAGAAGACGGGGACGAGUGGGAGGACUCCAAUUCCGAUGAUGGCAAAGUUUCCCAAGAACCUCACCUUUUCCGACGCGUCGAAAGUCGUCCCGAACUGGUCUCACGGCGGUCCAUGUUAACUCUGGCCCUGAACCGAGGACAAGGCGGACUAAAUCAUGCUUACUCCCAGCCCGCACUACAUCGGGCUCUGCCGUCCUCGCAACCAGUCAGAUCAUCAUUGGCAGAGUCACCGGAAGAGGAUGGAAUGAUGAUGCAAACAUCCAAUCGACCACCCAUCGCAAUCCCCCCUCCAAAGGCGUCUUCCAAGUCACUGGCACAUUCCCCCAGGACGACGAGACGGAACAUGUUGUCCACCGAACUAACCGAGUCCUUACGGAAAAAUCUUCUUUGGGAAAGACAACAAAAGUCACAAACCAUCAACGCUUUUCAAAGACGAAAUCGAAAUGCUCAGAGCAUGGCGAAUCUUCAAAGUCAUGCAGCUGCAGCCACGGGGCCUGGGCAACCACCUGCUGCUGCCGCCGAGGCUUCGAGAACCAAUUCUUGGAAUCAUUAUUUUGAUAAUCCAUGGGAAUACCAUACCAAAGGCUGGUGA